AGUCGUGGGUGCAGUGCGUGCGAGUGUGCAGCGAUUUCGAGAGCUGCUGCGAAAGACCGGCGUGGCUUGGAGUGCGCACAAAGUUAGAUCAGUGUCAUUCCCAUUCAUCUCUUUGUCAUCAUUAUCAUCCUCGGCGGGCACCGCUUGGGAGCAACGGUACUUGGAAUUUCCUGUUCUCGACCGAAAUCAUCGGGUUUGUCGGGUGCCUCAACGCUACGUGGUUCCUGGUAGGCGUGCUGCAUUUCUCUUGAGAAGAUACGUGGUUUGCGCGACCGAAAGAGGAUAUAAAGGGACUGGGCAGGUCGUUCACAGUGGAGAAAUUGGGGAAUCAUGAUGUCCCCCAUAAUCGGGGAAACGUUGCGCAUAUGGUUUCUUUCGGCGCUAGUCGUUCACGGAGCCGUUGCCGGGAAUCCGGACGCGAAACGCCUCUACGACGAUCUACUAUCCAACUACAACAAACUCGUGCGCCCCGUGGUGAACACCUCGGAUGUGCUACGCGUAUGCAUCAAGCUUAAACUCUCGCAACUCAUCGAUGUGAACUUGAAGAAUCAAAUUAUGACGACGAACUUGUGGGUUGAACAGUCAUGGUACGACUACAAACUGCGAUGGGAGCCGAAGGAGUACGGUGGAGUUCACAUGUUGCACGUGCCGUCCGAUCACAUAUGGCGGCCUGACAUAGUACUUUACAACAACGCGGACGGCAACUUCGAGGUGACCUUGGCCACGAAGGCCACAAUCUACAGUCAAGGAUUGGUCGAGUGGAAGCCGCCGGCCAUAUAUAAGUCAUCCUGCGAGAUCGACGUGGAAUACUUCCCAUUCGACGAGCAGACCUGUGUCCUCAAGUUCGGUUCGUGGACCUAUGACGGCUUUAAGGUCGACCUAAGACACAUGGACGAAAAAUUGGGGAGCAAUGUAGUGGACGUAGGAGUUGACCUGUCCGAAUUCUACAUGUCGGUAGAAUGGGAUAUUUUAGAAGUUCCUGCAGUUCGGAACGAGAAGUUUUACACUUGCUGUGACGAGCCUUACUUGGACAUCACGUUCAACAUCACGAUGAGGAGGAAAACCCUCUUUUACACAGUGAACAUUAUCAUCCCCUGCAUGGGGAUAUCGUUUCUCACCGUUCUCACGUUUUAUCUACCUAGCGACAGCGGUGAAAAGGUAACGCUUUCCAUCUCGAUUCUCAUCAGUCUGCACGUGUUCUUUCUACUGGUCGUUGAGAUCAUCCCACCGACUUCGCUAGUUGUACCACUGCUUGGAAAGUACCUGAUAUUUGCCAUGAUACUCGUCUCGAUAAGUAUAUGCGUUACCGUCGUUGUUCUCAACGUUCAUUUCCGUUCACCACAAACGCACAAAAUGGCACCUUGGGUGAAAAGAGUUUUCAUACACAUUCUUCCACGACUACUAGUCAUGAGAAGGCCUCAAUAUAAAUUUGAAACUAGCAGGUUAACCUCAUAUGGACCAUUUGGAGGCAGUUGCUUGAUUCAUGGCCCUCCGUUACCACCGUUACACACCGAGUGCGAAGAUCUCUCGGUCUCCGGAGACGCAGGCAUAGAGGAAGUCAAGAGUCCCGCGCUGCGCAGCCCACCCGUCUUCUCGCACUCCCGUUGUCCACCGGAGGUGCAUAGAUCCUGCAUCUGCGUGCGCUUCAUUGCGGAGCAUACCAAAAUGUUGGAAGACUCGACUAAGGUAAAAGAGGAUUGGAAGUAUGUGGCGAUGGUGCUAGAUCGCCUGUUCCUCUGGAUCUUCACUCUGGCGGUUUUGGUUGGUACUGCAGGCAUCAUUCUACAAGCACCGACUCUUUAUGACGAUCGAGUACCUAUCGACAAGAAAUUUAGCGAAUUCGCUACCACAACGGUGGUAAAAUGUCCGCCCCAGUAG